UACACUGUACCGUAAUGCACAUGUACAGGAGUCUACGGUAUGGAGGCAUACCACGCGACUUUACCGACUAUAUAGCUAGCCCCACACAGAUUGCUAUCGCUCAUAGAAUCGUAAUGAAGGUUUGGUAGAGGUUGUGUAACGCCACUCAGUACGUGAGACAGUAGGGAGCGCUCACAUGUGCUGUCAACAAUCUUACUUGUCAGCGGUGAUUUCCAGGAGCAAGCACCCGGGCCGUGAUACCGCUCUACCCGUCGCAACGGGGCCAGCAAACCCCAAAACCCCGGAGCUUACUGAAACUUCCGAAACUGAUAAUUUGCUGCCAAGGAUAAGAGAGGGGGAAACUUCCGAUAUAUCGGGUGGACAAUCUUACCCCUCCCCCUUGCUUACCUUCUACGUUGUUUUUGAAGACUUUGGACUUGGAUGAGUUUUCCUCUGUCUUGGUGUUGACUAGCUCUGAGUCAAACGAUGCCAAUGUUACCUGAACAGGUGGAUUACCUGUUCCCAACCCAUCCCGCCCUGGAAGAUUACGGGGAUGGGCCCAUGGAUAACAUUACCAAAGGUUACUCUCCUUACUUCCCAGCCCCGCCCCUCAGGAUGGACUUCAACUUCGAGCAGAGUGAGGUCAAACCGGAAUUCGACGAGUUCUGCCCCGUCUGUGGCGACAAGGUCUCGGGCUACCACUACGGCCUGCUGACCUGCGAGAGCUGCAAGGGUUUCUUCAAGCGCACGGUGCAGAACAAGAAAGUGUACACCUGCAUCGAGAACAGGAACUGUCUGAUCGACAAGACGCAGCGGAAACGAUGCCCGUACUGCCGGUUCCAGAAGUGUCUCAAAGUCGGCAUGAAGCUGGAAGCCGUGAGACCAGACAGAAUGCGCGGUGGUCGCAACAAAUUCGGACCGAUGUACAAGCGAGACCGUGCCCUCAAGCAGCAGCAACGGAACCGCAUCAUCGCCAGCAGCCGGGCCGUCUCCGCUCCCGGUAACCCGGACAUAUCCAUGGCGAUCAAGAACAUCCAGGCGGCCGCGUCCAAGAGCGCGCCCCUGUACCCGCCGGCCGCCGUGGUCAUACGGGACCCCAUGAUGAACAACAAGCAAGCCUCGCUGAUGAAUCUCGCCCAGCCCACGUCGCUGGUGCACAACGGUUACCCCAGCGGAGUGGUUGUGACCGGGGGCCCCGUGAGCAGCAACAACCACCAUCAGAUGCAGCCUCUCAACUACACCACAUCGGCCAUGGGGCAUCCGCAGAACCCGACUUCCAGCCCGCCUCCACCGCCGGCUGCUCCCCCUGCCUCCUCCAGCACAUCCCCGCUCCUCCACUCGGUCAAAUCGGAGCCCGAUCAAACCCCCAAUCUCAUCCUUGAGUUGAUGCGAAGUGAGCCUGACCACUCCCAGCUUCAAGCCAAAGUGGCUGCCUUCUUGCAGAGUCAGAUGAGCCUUACACCGCCCGGUGACUUCUUCAGUAUGAUCUGCAAGCUUGCCGACCAAACUCUCUUCUCCUUCGUGGACUGGGCAAGGAAUAGCUUGUACUUCAAAGAACUCAAGGUCGAGGACCAGAUGAAGCUCCUGCAGAACUCGUGGAGCCAGCUGCUAGUCUUUGACCACCUGUACCGGCAGUCCCAUCACCAUGGCGACGGCAUCCUCCUGAUCACGGGCCAGACUAUUGACUCCACUAUGCUUCCCAUAGGCCUGGCAGCCAUGGGGAUGGGGGACCUGACCGACCAGAUGGUCCGGAUCAUCGCGCGCAUGCGCGACCUCAAAAUCGACCACAAGGAGUAUGUGUGUCUCAAGUUCCUCAUCCUCCUAAACCCUGAUGUAAAUACACUCCAAGACAAGCACAUCAUCGAUAAUUGUCAGGACCGUAUCAGUGGCUCCCUGAUGGACUACACGAUGACGAACUACCCAGGCAUCAACGACAAAUUCGGCCUGAUGCUUCGCGUUCUCCCCGAGAUCCGGCAAGUCAGUCAGCGAGGGGAGCAAUACCUGUACAGCCGGCAUAUGGAAGGCGAGGUACCAUACAACAGUCUACUCAUGGAGAUGCUCCACAGCAAGAGAAAGUGAGACACGGAACGGCCGUUUGGCAGCCGGGGGAAAUUGCCACUCCAACAAAUCGCAGACUCUCAUAAUUACCACGUGAUAACGCUAGAACGCGAAAGGUUUUUUGCUUCAACGGCUGUUUGAUGAGUGGCCUCCCAUCUGCUGAGACAGUGACUCUGAGCCAAAGAGUAUUAAUUUUUUCUAAAGAGUAAAAAAAUAAAUUUGGCUGUUGUAAUAAAGGGUUUUAAAAAGAUGAUUGUGAGAGUUCGGUACUUGUAUACAUUUAAUGUAAGAACAGUACCAGUGUAAUGAUGAAAACACACGCAAAAACUGCUCCCGGUCUUGAUUCCUGAGUAAAAUCUGGCAACUCACCGAAGGUAAAAAAAUGGAUCAGACUAAACAAAUUCCACGGCUAUUGUUGCCCUGAGAGAAUUUCGGAGGACAAACUGCCGUGUAACGGCAUUUUGUGUGUCGUCGUGAUGCCGUAACUUCGGUCUGUUGACCGAUUUUUGUUUUGCAAAAGCCUUAAGCUGCAAACUCAGGAGGUGAUGGGCGUGUCUAACGUUUGAAUAAAAUUGAGGGGGAAAAACCAGAGUGUUUUUGUGUGAGAGAGUAUGAUGAACAUCGGUGCUUGCCAUUACACCACCGCCACAAAAUGGCGGCGGUCUUAAUUUCAGAGGUACCAUGUAUUGGCAUUUCUGUGUAGCUGAAAGGAGAAGGUUUAAAAACAACUUUUAAUUUUCAAAGAGUUAUGGCCCCUUGAUAUCUUAUCCUGUUGUGGUGUUAUAUUGAUGUAAGAUUUCAAGAUUGAUGUUUGCAUUAUGGAAGAAAUAAAGGAGAGGGCGCUAAGCGCAAACUAAAACAAAAAAAACCACACGCACAGACAGCAAUGACGCUAAGCUAAAGCUGUAAACCAAAGGUUUUUACCCGUAUCUUUCCUUCUGUGUGCAUGACCCCCAACUCUGUGCUUUAAAAGCUUGGUAUUACAUGCCUAAACCUGAGUGAAAACCAACUAAAAACAUUGUAAGUAGUUUAACACUAACGAUCAGCUAUUUUGAGUCGGUAUGGUUAGACAUAAAAAAAAGACUUGAAAAGUUCGCCUCCAAAAUGAACAUUGUUGCAUUGAUGUAAACACACGGGAUGACUUGCUUGUAUAGUACUACAUAGCGUAAGUGUAAAUGUACAAAAAUUAUAUAAUUAUGAUUAUAUUUCUGUAGAUUGUUUGUUUUUUUUUUUUUUUAGAUUCUUUUUUUUUUCGUCUUAAUAUUUCACUGGGAUGACGUAUGAUCAUCGUCUUGUUUUUUUGUUUGCUUUUCAAACGUGGGAGGUAUCUUCUUUCUGAAGAGAUACGAUCGUGAAACAAGGAGAUAAAUGUGUCGGUUGUGUUGAAAGUGUGUACAAGAAUUUUGCACUGAGGAAUCAAAACGUCACAUCGGUGACUCUGGAUCUUCACUUGAAUCUUACAUUUGAAUUAUAAAUUAUAUUUUGCCAUUUUUUCGAAGCACGCUCAAACACACGAUUCAUAAAUCAAAAACUCAGAUCCGCGUUCCCAAAACAGCCGUAUAUGAAUUCCGUCAGAUACAUUUUGUUCGUGGAUAUUACGUGUUUGUUUCGCCAUUAUAAUGACUUUUAUUGAGCGUCUGAUAAAAAUAUCAACAGCAAAAAUCAAAGGGUAUUAAUAAGUACCUUUUAAGUCAGGAAUAUUUCUUUGAUUCGAACACAACUCUUAUUUUGACACCAAUAAGUUGACGUUAUUGGAAUUUAUGUGUGUGAUUUGGUUAAUAUAUCUGUUCAUAUAAUUCGCGUCUGAUAUAUUUUGUGCGUGAUGAAUUGUAUGAGAUGGAAGCACUAGUCCCAGGAGCACCAAAUUUCACCAAAACAGUGAGACUUUGUCAAGAAUCAAGCACAUGUUUCUUCACUAUAGUAUUCACAAUCCGGCACAAAACCAAGUACAUGUAAAAGCUUCCUUAAUUCUUAAAAAAAAUGUCUACACACAAUGCAAAGUUUUGUACAAGCGGUACCAUUUCAUGGACAUUAUAGAGGCUGUCACGGAGGCUGCCAUGUUUGAUGCGUUCCCGACGCACAGGACAGGGUUAAUUAAUAGUGUCACUUGCAAGGCACCAGACUUUUAUUUUUUAAACCGGGUCUAUAUUGUAUCGUAGCUGUUUUGUGUAAUGUUCUAAGGUUGCGUCUAAUAAUAAAGGCUUAUCUUUUGGCUUAAAGAAGGCACCCAGUGUUCUUCACAUGUCAAAUAUUUGCAACUUUCUCUUGCAUAUAAAAUUGUCGGCUGUGUGUCUACGGAAAUCCUCGUACGCUCGAUUUGAGUUUCCUCGAAAUACAAUCUGGAAAGUUUCUGCAUGUUUUAUCAUCGUUUGACAGUCUGCGAGUGUGGUACUUAGUAUCAGACGAGGAGAAUAGAACGCUGAUGUUCUACCUUGAUUGUUUAAUUGAGCACACAUGUUAUGGGCGUCCUUUUAUGAUCAAUAAAAUGUGUGUAAAUAAGGAAUGUUUUCAUGUUGCCAUGGUGACGGCUGAACUCCACACAAGCGGAACUUAAUUACACCCCGCCUAGAAAACGAGUCAUGUUGCAGAACAUUGUGUAGAGUUUUUUUUUUCGGUUUUGUUAAAAACUGAAGAAAAAAAAAACCUUGUUUACGUUUUGGUUCCUUUGUGAUAUGGUAUAUUUUGUGCUUGAGAAGCUUGUUUUAAUGUUUUGUUUAACUGCCAACCAAGAUGCCAAUAUUUUAAAUAAGAAAAUGCAUGAUCCAAAGUGAGGAUGCAUGGUAAACCCCAAAACAGAACUAUAAUUUACUGAAACCAUAUCACGGCCGCCAAUCGUGGUCGUGUUCCUAGUUUUCUCGUCGAUCGUUAUCGUGGCAUUUUCGACAUUGUGGAAUUAGUGCCAGUCUUGAUUAUGUUUCCUCGUUUUGCUGUUCCAAGCAAGAGCUUAGAAAGAUAAUUGUUCUUACUUAAAGAAAAUCUACCUUAAAUUCCCCCCCCCAAAAAAAAAAAAAAUGAAAGAAAGUGUUGAUUACAAAAAAAUAGAUUUGGGGGAUUUCAUAUUCUUUCGUCAUGUUUGAAGUGGAUCAUACAUAAAACUCACAAACUAUCGCUGGCGAUUUUUCCUUUCCGUCAGUUUAAGCGCGAGACAAGGUUACGUAUCUACUGUUCUUAUUCUAAACAGGGUUUAUAAGAAAAGGCUGUCAUUUUUCUCUUUUUUUACAAUAAAUAAAAUAGAUCAAUAUGUAUAAUAUGCACACAAAAAGGCUGUUGCAGAAAACAGCACUGACUAAAAAAAUUCGUUAUUUUUGACACCAACUGCACGCUGUGAAAUUCACUUACUAAUAUCAAUUGUUUUGUCUUUAAAGUAAUCAGAAACAACUCUCUAUCACUGUGAAAAAAAAUCUGUAAUUAUUAUUGAAAGAAAACUUUUACCAUUGUAAGAUAUAAGAUUAAAAACCUUGUACGAUGUUUGUCUACAA